AAUACAUACUAAUUGAAGAAUUCCCAAAAAAUUCAUCUCUCAAAUCUCACCCACUACAACAACAUUAAAAGGACCUUGAGAGCUCAUUCUUUGCAGCAAUAAUGGCAGCAUUUGCGAUGAGUUUUUUCGUCUAUUUGGCCUGGUGGUUUCUGCUAUUCUCUGGCUUUCAUUGCUUGGCUGCAAAUCACCACCAUUUUGUGGUGAAGGAAGCUCCAUAUACAAGACUCUGCAGCACAAAGGAGAUAUUGACUGUAAAUGGAAAGUUUCCAGGGCCAAUUCUGAGGGCCAAAAAGGGGGAUACAGUCUAUGUCACCGUUCACAACAAAGGACGAUACAACAUCACUAUUCACUGGCAUGGAGUGAAACAGCCCAGCAAUCCGUGGUCAGACGGGCCUGAAUACAUUACACAGUGUCCAAUCCAACCCGGUGGAAAAUUCAAGCAGAAGGUUAUAUUUUCAAUGGAAGCAGGUACCCUAUGGUGGCACGCUCACAGCGACUGGUCACGAGCAACUGUCCAUGGCGCUAUCAUUGUCUCUCCCAAGAAAGGAACUACCUUUCCAUUCCCCAAGCCUGAUGCAGAGGUGCCAAUCAUUUUAGGUGAAUGGUGGAGGAAAGAUGUAAUGGAGGUUCUGAGGCUAUUCCAAAUGACAGGAGGAGCACCAAAUGAUUCUGAUGCUUAUACCAUUAAUGGCCAGCCUGGUGACUUGUACCCUUGUUCAAAAUCAGAGACAUUCAAAUUGAUGGUGGAUCAGGGGAAGAGUUACUUACUUCGGAUUGUAAACGCUGCGAUGAACAGCAUUCUCUUCUUCGCCAUUGCAAAUCACAACAUCACAGUAGUUGGAAUGGAUGGUGGCUACACAAAGCCCUUAUCAAGAGAUUACAUCACAAUAGGACCAGGACAAUCCAUGGAUGCCUUGUUAAAUGCCAACCAAAGUCCUGGUCACUAUUACAUGGCUGCUAGGGCUUACUCUAGUAACGCUAAUGUCGCCUUCGACAACACCACAACCACUGCAAUUGUACAAUACAAUGGUAGCUACCCUCCACCUUCAUCUCCUCUGUUACCCCGGCUUCCCGACUAUAAUGACACAAAUGCCGCUUUUAACUUCACUGGUAGCGUUAGGAGCUUAAACAGUAAAGACCAUCCAAGUAAUGUUCCAGUAAACAUCACCACCCACCUAGAAUCCACUCUUUCCAUCAACUCAUUCCCAUGCCAGGAAAAUCGUACCUGCGAAGGACCAAAUGGAACAAGAUUAGCAGCUAGCAUGAACAAUAUAUCCUUUGUGAACCCGUCAAUCGACAUACUAGAGGCUUAUUAUAAGCAUAUAAAAGGGGUGUAUGGAGAGAAUUUUCCAAGUUUUCCACCACUGGUCUUCGACUUCACUGCUCAAUAUCUGCCUUUGGAGUAUCAAGUACCGAAACGGGGGACAGAAGUGAGAGUGUUGCCAUACAAUUCAACAGUGGAAAUGGUGUUGCAGGGGACAAACUUAGUUGCUGGACUUGAUCAUCCUAUGCACUUACAUGGAUACAGCUUCUAUGUUGUUGGAUGGGGUUUUGGGAACUUUGACAACCAGACGGACCCUUUAAGCUACAAUCUCAUUGAUCCUCCUUUUCUCAACACAGUCAUUGUUCCUAUAAAGGGAUGGGUUACAAUUAGAUUCACAGCAAACAACCCUGGAGUUUGGUUUAUGCACUGCCAUUUCGAGCGUCACCUAACGUGGGGCAUGGAGACAGUAUUCAUCGUCCUUGAUGGCAACAAUAGCAAUUCAAAACUACUACCUCCACCGCCGCACAUGCCUCCAUGUUAAAGCUGCAUCAAACUAGUUGCUUUUUGGGUUUUGGCUUGAUAUAUAUAAACAAUGAAUUUGUGCCAGGAAGUUUUGAGCUUGACUGGAAAAUGUGAAACUCGAAACUGGUUAUUGUCAUCUAUUGUGUUAUGGGUUUGAAGGAGAAUUUCGAUCCCUUCAAUGAAUACCCAAUACUGUCUUAGGCUUCCUUCCUUCGUCUUGUGAAAAAUCACUAAGUUUGCUAAUAAGAUUGUGCUCAUACAACUGAUAUGUACUUGGCGUUAUGGAUUAAAUAUUCACAAAUGAAAUUUAGAUGCAAUUGUUGAAAGUUAAA